AGUUCAGAGCAGACAGCAGCCGGCCUGCGAAGAUGGCUGGCGUACACUCCUAUCCUCUGCUCGUUGAGCUCGAAGAAACCAACAUUCCCAGAUUAAAAAUCAAGUUAGUGAAAUACUUUCAAAGUAAGAAAUCUAACGGUGGUGGCGAGUGUGAGGUGGAAUAUGAAAAUGGCAGCAGGACGGCGAUGCUGCGCUUCCGGAGAGAGGAGGAUCAGAGAAACGUUCUGGCCAAAGAGUCGCAUCAGAUCAGUUUGGAAAAAGGCGUUUUGAAACUGACGGUUCGCUUACCCACGGAAGAGAAAUCAUCACGGGAAACUCCAUCUGAUAAAGAUAAUAAGAAAUCAGAUGUCGCUGCAGACAAACAGCCGAGUGCUGGUAAAAGCAACCCGACAGGCAAAGUUGAAACAGAAACAGAAGGCGGAGACGAUGAUACAGCAGAUGAAGAGCCAUGUUCCACCUCAGCCGUUUUAGGGAAUAUUCUUGAUAAUACCAACCAGGAGUUCUUGGAGAUGCUGGUGGAAAACAUCACAAAAUCUCAUGACUUCACUUUGGAAUUCUUUCCUGACAUCUCCUCUGCUGUGGUGACUUUCCAGAGUGGAAAAGGUGAUGUCAACAGACUGGAGAAAUCUCUUUCUGAAAAUAUUAACAAGAUUGCAAAAAAGAUCCACAGGGAGAAAUCAAGUAGAACUGAAGAGAUCAAAGUGUCACCAUCAGUUUUUCAUCUGCUUUGUCAGGAUGGCCUCAUGGACAAACUUCUACUUGUGUAUCCAGAACUCAAAUUGUCACCAGAGAGUCCUAAUCUGAACAUAACUGGUUUAGGGGAAGAGAUUAAUGCAGCAAGCAAAGUUAUAUUAGAUGCAGUACUUGCAUUAAAACGACAGAAUCUGGAAGUAGAUAAAUAUGUGCUUGAACUGUUGAAGGAUGAGCAACAAGAGGAGCUUACAGAUGCUCUCCUCACAUCUCACCAAAUAAACGCAGCGUUUGAAAUCAGUGGAAACAGGGUGCAGCUCCUUGCUGUUUCUGACAGAGAUCUGUCUCAUGCUCAGGACCAUCUAGGACAGCUGUUAACAACUCAGUACAUUAAUGUUGAAGACAGUAAUGUCCUGAAGAAGCCAGAGUGGCAGCAGCUGGUCAGUCACUUAGAGCAGGCUAACAGUAAGCCAUGCAGAACUCGAAUCAACACAACUGCUCAACAAGUCGUAGUGUCAGGACACAAGGAGAGAGUCAUAAAGGUUCAGCAUCAGCUUGGUAACUUCUUAACACAGAACGCUCACAUAGAAGAAACUGUUGUGGUCAAAGCUAAUGCUGUCGUUAAAUACUUGGAAGAUUUUAACAAAUCUUGGAUGGAGAAAGUGAAAGACAAGGUGAGAGUGUCCUACAGAAAUGAGGCCAUCUGUCUGAGUGGAUCCAGAGUGAAUGUGACACAUUGCAAGACUGUGGUUGAAGGUGCCGUCUCUGCUGUAGUCUUUGACAGUCUGAAUGUUUACAAGUCUGGGGUGAAGAAGCUCUUCCAGGAAAAUGAAACUUAUUUUUCCACAAUCAAAACUGAAACUGAUUGCCUGGUUCAACUAGUUGAUAAGCCAGGUGGUGGACAAGACAACGUUAAACAAGUACCAACACCUUUAUACCAACUUAAGAUGCCUGGAGGAGUAGAAAUUGCUGUUUACAAGGCAGAUAUGUGCAGUUACCCAAUAGAGGCAGUUGUGAGUCCAUUUAAUCAAGACUUGAAACACAGUACUGGUCUUGCAGCAGCACUUUUGAAGGCUGCCGGCCCUCAGUUACAAGAUGAAUUUUACAAAAUGAAAAAAACAAAGGGUCAACUCAAGCCAGGAGACUGUGUCAUAACUGAUGCAGGAGGAACACUUUGUUGCCAAAAGGUCAUCCAUGCUGUGGCACCCAAGUAUGAAAAACCACUGCAAGCUUCAGCUCAGUUGAACAAAGUUGUUAAAGGAAGCUUAGAAUUUGCUGAGGCCCACGGAUGCGUCUCAGUAGCUCUUCCAUCUAUUGGCAGAGGAAUGCGCUGCUUUCCCCUCAAGCAGUGUGAACUCACCAUUGUUAAAGCAGUGAAGGAGUACUGUUAUGAGAACUAUGAUGAAAUUACCUUGCAGAAGAUCCAUUUCGUAAACAAUGAUGACAUUGCUGUUCAGGAUAUGGUGGCUGCUGCCAGGCAGGAGUUUGGAAACCUCAGUGACUCUCAUUCUCAACAAACUCCUCAUCUCACUGCUCCCACACAACCAGUAUCACAGUCUACUGGAUCUGACCUGUGUCUGAAUCGUGUGCAGACCAAAGAAGGCGUGGACAUCGUUCUUACAAAGGGAAACCUAGAAGCUUCCACGACGGAGGUGAUUGUGAACACUGUGUCUUCAGACCUUGACCUCAACAGAGGUGCAGUCUCACAAGCCAUCUUGCGCGCAGCUGGACCCAAACUUCAGCAGUUAGUAGAUGCGCAGGGUGCUACUGGAAAUGUUGGUGAGAUCAUUGUUACUGAUGGCUGCCAACUAAAGAGCAAACAAGUCUUUCAUGCAAUCGCACCUCACUAUAAGGAUCAAGCCACAUCUGAAAAGUGUUUGCAAGGACUCUUUUUGGAUUGUUUAGACAUGGCAGAGAAUAAUAAUCUAACCUCCAUAUCCUUGCCUGCAAUUAGCACUGGAGACCUGUGUUUCCCAACAACUGUCGUAGCUUCUUUGAUGUUGGAUACAAUCUUAGAAUUUAGCAAAAUGAGACACCCCAAGCACCUGAAGAUGAUUGUGAUUGUACUUUACCCAGCUGAUACACAGUGUAUUCAGGAUUUCAGUCAGGAAUUUAAGAAGUUUCCAAAUGCCUCAGGCAAUUCACGUUCAACAAAAGGAGGCCCCUUCUCUAAACUCACCUCGAACUCAGAUAUGCAUGAGACAAAAAUGGGAAAUGUGACUAUACAGGUAGUCACAGGAGACAUAACCAAGGAGACAACAGAUAUCAUUGUCAACUCUUCCAAUGAAAGCUUUUCACUUAAGUCAGGAGUCUCUAAAGCUAUUCUAGAUGCAGCUGGUAAGGCUGUUGAAGUGGAAUGCCAUAACUUCAGUGCCAAGUCCAAUCCAGGCAUGAUAAUGACUCAGCCAGGUAACCUAAAGUGUAAGAAGAUCCUUCACGUGGUUGGAGAUUCUGACCCAGUAAAAAUCAACAAGGUUGUGCAAGAUGCACUUCAGAUGUGUGUGAAAAGCUCCUACACCUCUGUAUCAUUUCCUGCAAUUGGCACAGGUGAGAUUUAUUCAUGUAUGUCAUACAUGCCAGCUGAGGCCACAUGUCAGGCUUUUGCAGUACAAGCCAAGACAUCAGAAUAUGAUGAAAUCCUGAAACAUUUUCAGGCCUCAUGCAGUGGAUUUGUUACAAAGAUUGAGCGGAUCCAGAACCCUGGAUUGUGGAAGAGUCUAGAGAUUAAGAAGCGUGAGAUGGAGUUGAGAAAUGGUCAUCAGAAUAACGAGAGACGUCUUUUCCAUGGUACCUGCGACGGAGCUGUGCCAAAUAUUAAUGACCGUGGGUUCAACAGGAGCUAUGCAGGAAAGAAUGGUGUGUCUACCUGCCAUGAGAAGUUUCGAACGCGGAAGUUUGUAGGACUGUCAUGGUUGCAGGGAGAGUGCGGCGGACUGGUUUAG